AUGUUGUCCAGAAGUUCGCUAGUCACCAAGCGACUUUUCUCGAGCACCAGUGUUUUUUUCCAAAAAAGCCCCACCGGAGUGGUCUUCAUGAAUAUGGGAGGACCUGCAACAGUUCCUGAGACUAGAGACUUUUUGUACCAGCUCUUUGCAGAUAACGAUCUUAUUCCAAUCAGUAAGAAAUACCAACCAACCAUAGCCAAGUAUAUCAGCAAGUUCCGCACCCCCAAAAUCGAAAAGCAAUACGAGCAAAUCGGAGGUUCGCCCAUUCGUAAAUGGUCUGAGUACCAAGCCAAAAAAGUCUGUGAGAUUCUGGACCAGUCGUGUCCCGAAUCAGCUCCACACAAGCCGUACGUGGCCUUUCGGUACGCUAGACCUCUCACCGGCGAGACUUACGAGCAGAUGCUACGGGACGGCGUUAAAAAAGCAGUGGCCUUCUCACAAUACCCACAAUUCUCAUAUUCGACUUCUGGCUCGUCAAUCAACGAGCUUUGGAGACAGAUCAAAAAACUAGACCCUGAGAGAUCCAUUUCCUGGUCUGUAAUCGACCGGUGGCCAACCAACAAGGGUCUGGUCAAAGCCUUCGCCCAAAACAUCCAAAAGAAACUCGAGGAAUUCCCACAAGAGAUACGGAAAGAUGUGGUCCUACUGUUUUCUGCACACUCUCUGCCUAUGGAUGUUAUCAACACCGGUGAUGCUUACCCAGCCGAAGUCGGUGCUACCGUUUACAGCGUAAUGAGUGAAUUGAAAUUCUCCAACCCCUACAGAUUGGUCUGGCAAUCACAAGUUGGACCCAAGCCAUGGUUGGGUGCCCAAACUGCAGAUGUCACAGAAUGGUUGGCUCCUUCGCAAAAGGGUUUGAUUUUGAUUCCCAUCGCAUUCACUUCAGACCACAUCGAAACUUUGUAUGAACUAGAUUUGGAGGUCAUCGGCGAGUCUGAGUAUAAAGAUAAAAUAAAACGCUGUGAGUCUCUUAACGGCAGUGAAACUUUCAUUCAGGGGUUGACUGAAUUGGUCAAGGACCAUCUACAAAAGGGAGAGCUUUACUCUAAACAACUACCACUAGACUUCAAGCUAGGCAAGUCAAACGAUACUUUCGAACAUCCCUCACAGGUAUUUGGUGAUCAUGCCAAUAAGGGCUCCUCGCGCCAAUAA